GUUUCACACGAACGGUUCUUGUAACCACUCGAGUAGGUACAUACGAUAACGCGUCAUUAAUACGAAGCAAAUACAAUGACAUAAAUGAAUAAAUUACAUUGUGCCGUGUGUUGAAUUGUCGUCUAACAGUAUUCACUGCCUGUCACUGCUAGAUAGUAGAUAACGUUUAUUUGCUUCUAUGAUAACGAUCAUAUCUCACCUUAUAUAAAACAGUAAGGAGUCUAAGAUUAUCAUAUUGACGAUUUUUUUUAAAUGCAUCAGUAAUCUGUCAAUAUGGAGAAGGAAGCCAGUGAACGUGAGCCGUACUCGGAGUUUGAUUCGGUGUUAUAUCGUGAAGUGGGACCGUUCGGGAAGUACCAACUACUGACUAUAGCGCUACUGGCUUUCCCAUCACUCGUCUGCGCGUUCAUGGCGGGAGAUUAUAUAUUCACCGCGGGCAACCUACCCACCCGGUGUGCGGUGCCAGAAUGUGACGACCCGAACCCAGAAUACGCACCGCAAUGGAUAUUGAAGGCAGUUCCCGCAGCGGAAUCCGGCUUUGAUAACUGUCGCCGCUUCGCAAACGUCAGCAGCAAUGUGAUUUCAUCGGAUGAACUUUGCCCAGCCGCCUUAUUCGACAGAGAUAAAAUCGUACCAUGUGACGCAUACGUCUACGAGAGAACGAACACUAUCGUGUAUGAUUUCAAUAUUGAAUGUCAAGAGUGGCUUCGCGCGUUGCCAGGCACACUGAACAGUGCAGGAGGAAUGGUGGCACUCGUGCUGGCUGGCUUCAUUUCAGACCGUCUUGGACGUCGAAUGUCUAUAGUUUUCUUUUCAUUUAAUAUUGCUUUGGUGGGAGUAAUUCGUGCAUUUUCUGUGAAUUUCGCAAUGUACACUGCUUUGCAGUUCUUGCAAACUGCGAUCGGUGGGGGCGCGUUCAGCGCCGCCUACAUUUUGGCGGCUGAGAUAGUGGGGCCCGCAUAUCGAGUAAGAACGAGCGCCACCAUAUCUAGCAUGUUUGCCCUCGGCCAGGUUAUUUUGGGGCUGUUAGCUUUCGCUAUUCCUGCAUGGAAAACUCUCACACUGGUUCUGUACAUCCCAGUAUUUCUCAUAAUCUCGUACUACUGGAUACUAUCAGAAAGUUUCCGUUGGUUACUCAGCAAGAAUAAGCAAGCAGAAGGAAAGGCCACUUUAGAAUAUGCAGCUCGGCUGAAUAAAAAACAGAUUUCUGACAAAAACAUGAACUUUUUACUGACUGCUAUUCAAUCUCAGAUUGAUGAAAAUAAAGUCGUCAACCAGGAGAAUCUGUUCUUUAGAGUAAUCAAAUCUCCCAUCAUACUACGGAGAUGUUGUACGACGCCCAUCAUGUGGAUGACCACGGUGUUCAUUUACUAUGGACUGUCGAUCAAUUCUGUUAGUUUAACAGGCAAUAUGUAUUUAAAUUACAUUGCGACUGCUGCGAUCGAGAUCCCCGGCUACUGGACAGCCGUUUUACUGUUAGAUAGAGUAGGCAGAAGACCAACAUUGUUCUCUGGUUUCUUGAUCUGUGCAAUUUGCUGUUUAGCUUUUGCUUUUGUUCCUAAAAGUAUGUACACUUUGUCUUUGAUUUUAUAUUUGAUUGGAAAGUACUGUAUAGGUCUAGUGAUGACCUCUUUGUACCUUUACACAGCUGAACUCUAUCCAACAAGGUACAGACACUCGUUCUUAGGUUUUUCUUCUAUGUUGGGUCGCAUUGGAUCUGUAAUUGCACCUUUAACUCCCGCCUUAAUGAUCUAUUGGCCCGGUAUACCUUCAGUUAUGUUUGCUAGUACAGCAUUCAUAUCUGCUAUUCUAGUCUUAACGCAACCUGAAACCCGCGGCCAAAAAGUACCUGAUACUAUUGAAGAUGCUGAACGCAUAGGAAAAAGUAUAUAACACAACAAAAAUAUUUUAUACUUGUUAAAAUUCUUUUUUCAGUAUCUGCUUUAUUUAUUUCUAUUAAUUAUUUAAAUUGUUAAAAGUUGUUUAGUCUUCAAUAUACAGGUAACUCCAUCUAUGUUGUACGUGACGAACUAUGUUUCCAAUGUGACGAACUCGCUUGAUUAUCUCGUUUCCCGCCCACGAUUUUCACGCAAACUCGUUCUUCAGUAGACUGCAAGAUGUUUAAAUAAUACGCUAGAUGGCGUUGCCUCAAAGUUUAGUUAAUAAGUAUUUAAUAUAGUGUAUUUUAUUAUAUUUGUUAUUUAUUGCAUGUAAUUAAUUAAUUAAAACUAUGUAUAAAAUUCUGUUAAAUGAGUUCAACAAGAACUACAAUAUAGAUCUACGCAAACAAAGAAAAAGUUCCUAUUCCCUGAAUGAUCUAUAUAGUUGACAUUGAAAUAAAAGAUGUUUUUUGUAUUCUAAUCCUUGGA